GCGUCUCUCCCUGUCGGCGCGGAUUUCCAUCCUUGUGCGCUCCGCUCGGUGCACCGACCCGGUUUGAACCACCGCUGCUGUCUCCUUUCAUCCGUCUCCCCCUCUCAGCCUCCCGGCAGCUUCCCGUGUGUGUCUGCGAGUGUGUGAAGCAGAGCGUGUUUUGUAUGUGCGUGGGCAUUUUUUGGGUCUCACACACAGGGGCGCGAUGCCAUUCCUCCCACAGGGACCCGAGCGCCUCGAUGGGUUGUCUCUACUUUACUGGACGAUCAUGGGCCCCCACGGCAUCAACCGAGCUGUCCAGAGGCUGGAGUUCUCUGACUGCAGGAAGGGACUCGGUGUGAAGAUAAUCGGAGGCUACAGGGAGCUGACGGGUGAAGACUUCGGGAUCUACAUCAAGCGUGUGAUCGCGGGCGGCUUAGCUGCUCUGGACGGUCGGCUUAAGUCAGGUGACCUGAUUCUGGAUGUCAAUAACAUCAGCCUGAUUGGAGUGACCAAUGAGAGGGCAGUGGAGAUCCUGAGGAGCGCCUCACUCUCAAACCACAUGUCACUGUUGAUCGCCAGAGACGAUGAAUCCAGGAGGGAGUUUUCUGAGCUGAUGGAGAAGUACGGCUCCAAUAACGUCACAGCGUCAGGAAGAAUCUCUCCGACACAGCUGUCCACAGGGAAGCUGACAGACACGGCCUCCUCCUCCUCUUCCUCCCGAUCGGAGAGCCCACAGCUGCUGAGUCCUAAAGAGGGAAUCACCGCCUACAGCCACGCUCCGCAUUACACCACCACCUCCGCCUACACCGUGCACACGCCAGCACCUGCCUUCAGUGACAGUGUCAUUCAGUUGAUAUGUGUCGCCAAGGGAACAGGCCUGGGACUUGUCGUCAAGGGAGGAGCUAACAGAGCUGAAGGACCUAUGGUGUUCAUUCAGGAAAUAGUGCCUGGAGGAGACUGCCAGAAGGACGGCCGGCUGCAGGUGGGAGACCAGCUGGUGUCCAUCAACAAGGAGUCUCUCAUCGGAGUGACAUACGAGGAGGUCAGGAGCAUCCUGACUCGCACCAAACUCAGACCAGACCCCACGGUGGAGAUCGCGUUCAUCCGGCGGAGGUCGUCGUCCGGCUCUAGCAGCGGUUCCCACAGCCCCGUCUGCCUGCAGGGGUGCAGCGGUGGAGCCGGGCCCCAGACCAAGGCCCCCGGGCUGGGCUCCGCAGCUCCACAGCCGGCUGUGGUCACAAAGAUCACUUCCAGCAGGAACCCCGCCUGCGAGACGCUCCCGCCGGUCAACAUUACCCAGGUGCGAGUUUCACCCGGCAGAACGGAGCCAACGGGGGUCUGCUCAGCACCACAGGGCGACGGCAGCGCAGACACAAACCCUGAUUCUGGGAGCAGUCAGCCCGUUCAGAUGAAAUGCUCGCUCAGUUCCAGCUGUCGCUUCAAGCUGGAGAGACUUGAACAGGCACUGGAUCUAAUCGGUCUGAAGCCCACAGAUGCUCAGCGGCAGGCACUUAGGUCCAGACUAAGAGCUGAUCCGACUGGAACGGUGGCCUUCACAGACUUUGAGAGCCUGAUCCGAGAACUGUUCAAGCCCCAGCUGGAGGAACUCUUCGGCAACCAGUCAAGCACCAGGCUCACGUCAGACGACUUCUCCAGCCUGCUGGAGUCUCCCACCAACCCACCGCCGUCGCUGUCAGACUCAGAUGAUCUUGAGGAGAUGGAGAAGUUGAGGAAAGAGCACAUUGAGGCUCUGCGGGAGAUCAAGACUCUGCAGGAGCAGCUGGUUGAAUCUCAGAGAGUUCACCAUGAGCUGGAGGAUGAGCUCACCAAAGUCAAACAGGAGGCAAAAGUCGGAGCAGAGGAGAGUCGGGCUCUGAGGACCCGGAUCCAGCUGGCUGAGGAGGCCCAGAAGCAGGCCAGGGGAAUGGAGAUGGACUACGAGGAGGUCAUCCACCUGCUGGAGGCCGAAAUCGCAGAGCUGAAAACUCAAAGGGUGGAGCAUCCGGCGAUGACCAAGAAGGAGGAAACAGAGGAGCUGAAGAAGAAGUUGGCUGUGGUAGAGUGCCAGCUGCGAAAGAGUGAAGCAGCCAAGAAGGGCUUAGAGAUGUCUACGGGAAAGCUACUAAGUUUUGUUGAGAACGUUCAGGAGUUUUUGCUGGAUAGUCACGGUCCCACAAAAAGCUACAGCUCUGGAGACGUUAAAGCUGGCUCAUCAUCUCACGGCGCUCCUCCUCGCUACAGGAAAAGCCCGUGGACGCCAGCUACGCUCGCCCAGGAGGCGAAAGAGCUCACGCGCUCCGUCAGAGCCAUCCUGGAGGUGGACUUUCCUCCUUAUGGCUGGGAGCAGGCCUACACCGCAGAAGGAGCCAUAUACUUUGUCAAUCACAUGACCCAGACGACAUCAUGGAGCCUACCUGAAGCCACCGGCACCGAGCCACCUCCACCUGAGGAGGCCCCGGAGCCGGAGGCUGAACCGAAUGCAGAGGAGACGGAGUCACAGCAGUGUCCAUCCCUGGAGACCAACAUGUAGGAGCUCAUCCUGUCAACUCCAUCCUUACUGUCCAAUCAACCAUUCAGGAUAUGCUGCAGGUGCAGCUGCUUCGAAAUCCUUUGGUAAAAAAGUAUUUUCGGCUAAUUUAAAACAAGGUAUUUUUAACUAGUGAUCCAGCCGUGUUAAUGCUGUAGUGAGGCACCAAACAACAAAGCUGUAGAAUAGCUUUUUCAGAAGCCAAAAAUAGAAUCAGACAUGUCCUCUAGUUUAAUGUUAGGCUAAUGGAUUUUUCCCUCCGUUCAAAUAAUAAUCUGUAAUGUGAGAUGAAAGCUUUCCGUUGGAAAGUUGUCAUUAAACAUUUUAUUAGAACCAAUCAAAUUAUUUAUUCAGUUUCAUUCAGCAUCCACCAUUAGGACACCUUUGUUUACUGGCUUUUUCUUUCAGAAUCCUUACAGUAAUAUGCAUUUCUUUAAGGUUAAACACAAGUUUAUACAUAGGAUAGAAAUAAUUCAACUUUUCACUGAUCAACAACAAGCUAUGCAUUAGAAAGUGAACUGACAGCAGAUUUGUGUGCCUUGU